UAUCAGUUGUGUUUUCUUUAAAAUCUCUUUAGAUAGCUAGAUGUUGUUGGUUGUGAGAGUAUUUCUUUGCUUUUUCUCCAUUUUGUCAGAAAUGCUUAGGCUGUGAAAACAUUUUAAUACUCAUUCUAUUUAGAAGCAGUUCAUAGCAGCAAGCUCACUUCUAGAGUGGUAUAGUCAAAGUUCAGACUCUCAUGUAAUUUAAAUACUGACAUUUUUCCAUGCAUAAAAAAAUAAUGCGGCUGAAAUGAUUCUACAGCUAUGUUUUUGACAACCUUCACAAAUUCCUGGUGGUUUCUGCAACUGGCAGUUGGUCUAUUUUCAACACUGUCAAGUUUGGUUGGAUAGUGGUCUGAUUUUGAAGCUGUCAAUUGAAAAUGGCUCUAUUCAGGUUAUCUCAAGUAUGAAAAGCAAAAAGACAUGUAAAGGAGUACAUUUUCCCAGCACUACAUGUACACCUUGGUGUCAGUUUUUAGAGGGUUCAAAGGUCUUGAAAGUAUUUUUCAGGUCUUCAGAAAAAAUGGACAAAUAUGGAAGCAUAGAGAUUUUUAAUUUCUAAACUAAAUCCCUUGUCAGAUUUUUAUUCCUGAAUUUGUCAAGCCAAACUGCUUGUGUUUAUAAAAGCUGCAGUUGAUUACAACAAUGUCAGCUUUUUCCUGAUCCCAUGUGCAUGUACUGAUUGGAAAACUGUACGCCAAAUUCAGCAUUAUUUGAAACGUGCAGAUCAUCCAAGCCAACCAAAUUACUGCUUUGUUCUCGAAAUGUCAAGAACGUUGCAAAAACUGGUAAAUUUAGAUACAAUUCUACAAAGUACGAGAGUUUAUUUAAAACCUGGAUGGAAAGAAUAUAAAAAAGCAACCAAGUUAAUGCUUUGUUCUCAAAAUGUCAAGAAUGUUGCAAAAAAAAAAAAAGAGGUACAUUUAGAAACAAUUCUACAAAGUAUGAGAAUUUGUUGGAAAACUGAAUGCAAAUGAUCCAUAAACUUCAGGGAAAACAAUAUUUCCUGCUCUAGUGUUUCUGGCACAAAGGUGGAACGAACAUACAGCAGCAUAAAACAUAAUUAUUUUAAGUAGUAUCUGUAAAUUGUCCAUUUCAUACAGCCAUCUAUGUAUUACUGAAAUAACUUAUUUUAAUAUUUGGUCUUUUAAUUUGGUAUAUAUUGGUGUUGCAUUCAAUUUCCAAGAGAGACAGAAGUGUCUGAAUGUCCCUUUAAAUAACUCUCCUCCCACAGUUAAUAUCCGCGCCCCCACCCACCAGCGACUUGCUUCACAUCAACAAUGACUGUCUUGGCUGGCUUCAGUGCAAAAACAGCCAGUGUUUUGAUAAAUCUUCCGACAAUUUAAUCCGUUAUCAUUUAAACAGACCAGCUUCCUACUGACCACCCGCAGCGGUGCAAGAAAACAGAGGGAGAGUUCACGCAGCUAGACAGGAAGGUGAGCAGUGGGUGUCUUUGCGAUGGCCGGUGGAAGGAGAGGUACGAAUCGGACCACCUACUGCAGACCUCCCUUAAGCAGUGAUCCAGGCUCCGUCAGCAAUGGCAACCACACCACCAGCUCUCCAGUCACGGGGGUGCGAAACCGUGCAAGAAACGGCUCUGGGACCUGCAUGUCCAGCCCCCCGCUCGCCGCUCAGACUGUUGUUCCCCUCAAGCACUGCAAGAUCCCCGAGCUGUCCAUGGAUCGAAACGUGUUGUUUGAGCUUCACCUCUUCUUCUGCCAUCUGAUCGCCCUGUUUGUCCACUAUGUCAACAUCUACAAGACUGUGUGGUGGUAUCCACCGUCACACCCUCCCUCACACACGUCUCUGAAUUUUCAUCUUAUUGAUUAUAACAUGCUGGUGUUCACAAUCAUUAUACUGGCAAGAAGGCUGAUUGCAGCAAUUGUAAAAGAGGCAUCACAGAGUGGGAAACUCUCCUUGCCCCACUCAAUAUUUUUAGUGAUGGCCCGGUUUGCAGUGCUAACGCUGACAGGCUGGAGUCUUUGUCGCUCCCUCAUUUAUCUGUUCAGAACCUACUCUGUCCUCAGCCUGCUUUUCCUUUGCUACCCAUUUGGAAUGUAUAUCCCGUUCUUCCGUCUGAGCUGUGAUUUCCGGCGAGCGGGUUCUCUCUCGCCGAUCACGAGCAUCGGCUCCAAAGAGGUCGGCAGCAUGAGCCGCGGCAGGGACUACUUCACCGUGCUGAAGGAGACGUGGAAGCAGCACACCAGCCAGCUGUACGGAGUCCAGGCCAUGCCCACUCACGCCUGCUGCCUGUCACCUGACCUCAUUCGAAAAGAGGUGGAGUAUCUGAAGAUGGACUUCAACUGGAGGAUGAAGGAAGUGCUGGUCAGCUCCAUGCUCAGCGCGUACUACGUGGCGUUUGUACCCGUUUGGUUUGUAAAGAGCACUCAGUAUGUAGACAAGCGGUGGUCCUGUGAGCUCUUCAUACUGGUAUCGGUCAGCACGUCAGUCAUCCUCAUGAGACACUUGUUGCCGCCUCGAUAUUGUGACCUCCUUCACAAAGCUGCCGCCCACCUGGGCUGCUGGCAGAAAGUUGACCCCUCUCUCUGCUCCAACGUCCUUCAGCACAUAUGGACUGAAGAGUACAUGUGGCCACAGGGAGUCCUAGUAAAACAUAAUAAGAAUGUCUAUAAAGCCAUGGGCCACUAUAACGUUGCAGUCCCCUCAGAUGUUUCCCACUAUCGCUUCUAUUUUUUCUUCAACAAGCCUUUACGAAUAUUAAACAUACUCAUCAUCCUCGAAGGUGCCAUGAUUUUUUACCAGCUCUACUCGCUCAUUUGCUCGGAAAGGUGGCAUCAGACGAUAUCGCUGGCCCUGAUCCUCUUCAGCAACUACUACGCCUUCUUCAAGCUCCUCAGAGACAGAAUAGUCCUAGGAAAGGCGUACUCGUUCUCAAACAGCUCAUCGGACCAGAAAGUCAGCUAAAACUCCAGUUGCCGUUGGUCACGCUUACUUUGGAACAAGAGAAACAUGCCUAAGAGUUCUGUAUUUUUUCUACAAGCCAGAUUUGUGUCAGUUUUGUUCUGAAUUGCCAUAAGAAAAAUAAAUAUUUUUGUAUUACUUUA